AUGAUUGGUGCAUUGAGAACCCUAGGAAUUAGUGUGUUAGAAGACAAGGCAAUAAAAAGAGCAAUUGUGGAAGGUUGUGGCGGUCUCCUUCCAGCGGGUAAAGAAUCCAGGGAUGAAGUACAACUUUUCCUUGGAAAUUUUGGAAUUGCAAUGUGGCCAUUGACAGCUGCAAGUGGAAAUUCUAGCUACAUACUUGAUGGAAUGCCCCGAAUGAGAGAGAGACCAAUUGGAAAUUUAGUUGAUGGUCUUAAGCAGCUUGGUGCUGAUGUUGACUGUUUUCUUGGCACAAAAUGUCCCCCUAUAUGUGUAUUCGGGAAUGGGGGUCUUUCAAGGGAUAAGGUAAAGCUCUCUGGAUCAACUAGUAGUGUAUUCUUGACUGCUUUGAUCAUGGCUGCUCCUUUGGCUCUUGGAGAUGUUGAAAUUGAAAUCAUCGACAGGUUGAUUUCCGCUCCUUAUGUUGAGAUGACAUUGAAGCUGGUGGAACUGUUUGGGAUCUUCGUAGAACACAAAGACAACUUGGAUCGGUUCUUGAUCCGUGGAGGUCAAAAGUACAAGUCUCCCAGAAAUGCUUAUGUUGAAGGUGAUGCUUCAAGUGCUAGUUACUUCUUAGCUUAUGCAGCAGUCACUUGUGGGACAGUUACUGUUGAAGGUUGUGGGACAAGCAGUUUGCAGGGAGGCGUAAAAUUUGCGGAAGUUCUUGAGAAGAUGGGUGCUAGGGUUACCUGGUUAGAGACUAGUGUCACAAUCACUAGACCACCUCAAGAUUCUUCCAAAAGAAAACACUAG